AUUUCUCGGAGACUCUCCUUUGUUUUUGUUUUGUUAGACGAUGCGAUAGAUGGAUUCGUUUACUCUCCUGGAACCAGUUCGACUCUAUGGAGACAAGAACACAAAGGCGAGCGGCAGCAAACAGGCACCCGCAGCUCGCCCAAUCCACAUCGGACGCCUCCCAACAGACCUCCACCUCCUCGUCCUCUCCCAUGCAGCAAUCCCAGACAUACCCGCAUAUGCACGCGUCUCUCGUGCGUGUGCUGCUCUCACAAGGGAUGAAUCGAUAUGGGAAAAGAGGUGGAAAGCUUUAGGCCUCGGAACAGACACCGACCCUAAUGGCCUCUCGCACACCCUCGAUGACAUCGAGCGCCGCCUCCAGAGUGACGCCAGGACCAAGAACAGCGAGCCACCACCGACGCUGGUCGUCGCAGAAGCGCUCGAAGACGACUUUGGCGACUUUGCCGCUGCACCCAUCGCAUCUCCCGUCAAGAAGGAUACAUUUGGCGAUUUUGUCUCCAACUUCACUGCAUCGUCUAUUCCUACGCCCACCACCAAUGGCGGAUUCGGGCAGCCAGAAAGCACACCGCCCAAGCAAACUUUCCGCUCCCAGUACACGCGCGCGCACACCCUCCUCCGUCGUCUCCUCUCUGCUCUCGCCGUCCCGCCGCAAUCCAUCCUUCCCGCCAUCUGCGCCAUCCUCACCACCUCGGACCCAGUCGCCGAUGCCCCCCUCACCCUCGCUUCGCAGGCCAAAGUCCUACACAUACUCGCCCUCUUCCUCUCUCCUCGCGUCAAGCCCGUUCGCCAAUGGGAUGUCCUCCUCGCCUCACUGAGAUCCGCUAUCGACCGAUUCGACAUCACCCUCCUCACCGCAUUCGACAGCGCAGAUUCAUCGUCGCCUGCGGAACGCAGCGAGCCAAAGAUGAAAGAAUCAGCGUCCGCUAGUUGGGAGCUGUUCACCGCCGUUGGCACGGGAAGAGGAGAUUGGGAACUCGGGAGAGUAUGGGCAGAGAAGAGGGAGGUGUUCUAUCAGACGCAGGAAGGGCGCUAUGAUCCGCUCGCGAACAUGAAUGCUCAGGGAUUGCUCGACUUCAACCCUAUGGACGCGUUCAUUGCCGAUAUCCUCAAGGAUUUCGAGGAGGAGGGAUCAGUCGCCGUACGCGUGUUUCCGCCAGCUGCGGACGUUCUGAUUUCUUUUGCCGAUAGGGUUGCCGUUGAGGUGAUUGGCGAAUACAUCUCGCCAUUACUCACCAAAGCACGCGCAGUCUCCAACGAGAUCUUCCUCCAGGCCACAGCGGCAGCCUUUGGCGAGGCGCUACGACUCGCAGACUCGAUAGUCGAGGUUGGAAAAGAUAUAGGGAUAGAGCGGACGAGAGCGGAGGAUGUCGUUUAUCGUAUGUUUGAAUCCAAUAUGGACGAAUACCUCGACGAAGAAGUCGAGUCUCUCAAGCAGGCCUUCACCAUCAUCUGUCGAGCCUGGGACAACAAGGCAAAGAUACCCUCGACAUCUUACCCGAACGGCUCUCUUGCUUCUUCCGCCGCGUCGUCGGGUGGCGACCCAUCUCAAACGCGCUUUCUCGCAUCGCACAACCCGGCGGCGAUGAAACGCACGUUCCUCGCGUCCUUCACAGACGCACUGCUGUUGCCCGUGACAAUCGUGCCGCGCACGGUUGGGCAGGUGCUUACGACAGGCGGGAAUGCGGCCGUGCAGGGCAUCUCGAUGCUUAACCCGCAGCGAUGGGUCGGUGGUACAAAUCAUGGGAAGGCGCCGGGGACGGGGAGGGAGGGGUAUCACGAGUAUAAGGAGGAGAUGGAUGGGAUGGCGUUCGAGGUGGGGGAAGAUGAGCCAGAGGACGAGCCAGAGAAGGGAGGCUUUGUGAAUGGGUUCGAGGAAAAUGCGUGGGCGGACGAGGAGGAGAGAGCCCCUGCGAAGCAACGGUACUCCACGUCGACUAUCGCGACGACCCACUCUGCCAACACCAUCGCCUCUUCCGCCUCCGCAGCCACAACUGCCACCGCCGCGACCUCCACCUCAGCCAAGUCGGCGACGUCGAACGGCUCGUCGGCCACAGUUAAUACCAUCGGUACAACAGGUGCGACUUCGGCCGCGCGUGCGACAGCGGGAAAGCAGCUCGCGAGCCUCGACCUUCUCCUUUCGCUCGACGUCGCGCUGGAGCUCAUCCAGGCCGACCGCGAGGCGCUCAAGCGGAUGGAGACGUUCGGCGGAUACCCAGGGCACUACGGCCUGCGCGUGCGCGAGGCGGUCGAGGAGGCGUUCGUGGUCUUGCUAGGUGCGAUGGCGGACCGGCAUAUUGCGCCGGGGUUCAAGACCGCGGAGGACCAGAUGAUGUCGUAUAAGCCAGGGGAGCACGGGGAUACGACGAGUGUUGCGCCGCUGCUGCAGUUCUUUGAGCUGGUGCAUAUUGGCGACAUGAUACAGUCGAUGGUGCAGGUGUAUUUCGACAAGGAGAUGGCACCACAUAUCGAUCGGACAGACUUCCUCAACGUCGUUGUACGCGAGAAGAAGCGAUUCGAGAAUAUUCUCGAUGACUGCGUCGCCGCCGGACUCAAUGCCGGUACGCAGGUGCUCAUGAACCAGGUUGAACAUAUCAUCCUCACGCUCACAAAGCCUCGCGAAUACUACCCUCCUGAGGACAUGCCGCUCGACCUCGGCCCGACGCACGGGUGCCAAGAGGCUAUCCGCUGUCUCGAGAUGCAUUGCAAGCUGCUCAAAGGCAGCACGAGCAAGGAGGUCCUCGAGGUGUUCUACCAGGAGGUCGGCAUCCGCUUGCUUGCGAUUCUGGAAAAGCACAUCAAACGUCAGAUCAUUUCGCUCAACGGGGGCUUCCAGGUGAUCGCGGACCUGAACACCUACUACACGUUUGUGUCGACACUUCGGGUGCCGUCCGUAACGGCGGAUUUCUCGAACCUCAAGAUGCUCGGCCAUGUUUUCGUGGUGCAGGAUGCGAAGGACCUCGCUCAGAUCGUGCGCGACGUCACGCGCUACGGGGGUGCUUACCGACCAGAGGAUAUCUACGAGUUCAUCCAGCGACGCUCGGAUUGGAAGAAAAUCGAGAAGACUGUCGACAAGACAAUGUACAACUUGAGCUUCAAGGAGGAUUGCAUCAUUUGCUGAGUACCUGUAGAGCGUGUAGUAUAU